AUGCUCAAGGUUAUCCUCUACUUCACCCUCUGCGCCAGCGUGCAAGCGGCGGGACUCACCGUGGAGAAUGUCACCGCGCGCUACGGAUGCACGUGCAGCUCAAGCAACCCCAACUGCAUCCAAGGCUCUUGCAUCUCGGACGCCUACACGCAGUGCGACAACACGGGUUGUGUCGGAUCCGCUGGUGGCCGCCCUUGGUCCGGAUGUGGCUCGCUAGUUGGCGGCACAUGCUCGGAGAGCCACUCGAGCGGCGAAAUGGCAGACGCAGAGGAUGCCGCCAACGGGCUCGCAGUGGGGAUCAUCAUCGUGAUCGUAUUUGGCGCCCUUCUCGCCUCCGCUGUCCUCACUUGCCUCAUGCUCAAGGUUAUCCUCUACUUCACCCUCUGCGCCAGCGUGCAAGCGGCGGGACUCACCGUGGAGAAUGUCACCGCGCGCUACGGAUGCACGUGCAGCUCAAGCAACCCCAACUGCAUCCAAGGCUCUUGCAUCUCGGACGCCUACACGCAGUGCGACAACACGGGUUGUGUCGGAUCCGCUGGUGGCCGCCCUUGGUCCGGAUGUGGCUCGCUAGUUGGCGGCACAUGCUCGGAGAGCCACUCGAGCGGCGAAAUGGCAGACGCAGAGGAUGCCGCCAACGGGCUCGCAGUGGGGAUCAUCAUCGUGAUCGUAUUUGGCGCCCUUCUCGCCUCCGCUGUCCUCACUUGCCUCGUGAAAUUUAUGCUCAAGCAGCUUUGCGACUGA